GGGAGGGGGGCAAACGGACAAGCAGUGAGGGGAAGGGGAACAAUUAAUGGAGUUUCACCAGAACCUGAGAAGGCCCGUUGCCCUAUCAAGGAGUGUGGUCAUCACGGAGCAGAGCAGCAUACCCAGCCUGCUGCUCUUAGGUAAGCUCGUCUCUGAUGGCGGCCCGGACUCGGCCUCGCUCCAGGCCAAGCUUCGCCAAACUUGGUGUCCCUCGGGUAUGGUCAACUUCUGGCGAGUCACAGACGGUGCCUUGCUGAUCCAGUUCUACGAGGCGGAGGACCUGACCAGGGUGCUGGACGGAGCACCGUGGUCCUGCGACGGAGACAACCUCUUCCUCGUGCAGCACCUCAAGCCGGGAAUGAACAUGGUCGAUCAGAUCGCCGGGUUCACCAAGGCCGAGCUCUGGGUGCAGUUUCACCUCGUCCCCGAGGAUCACUGCAACCCCACCUCUAUCUAUGCGCUCGCCGCGCGCAUCGGCGAGCCGGUCAACUGCGAGCUGGGAGCGAACUCCAUCGAGUUCCUCCGGGCGCGGAUCCGGGUGGACAUCACGCGGCCUCUUCAGCCAUUGGUCGACGUCGAGCUGGAAAACGGCAAGGAAGCAUGGGUGUCCGUGGUGUAUGAGGGCAUCCCCAGCUUGUGCGGGUCCUGCAGGAUUCUGGGCCACCCGGCGGACCGCUGCCGCAGGGCAAACCAGGCUGCCGCUGCGGCGGCGUAUCGUUCGGAGAAGCCGCCCGUUUACAUUCCAAGCCGCCUAGGGUCAAGACAGUCCACGUCAAGAGCACCAUCAUCACCUCUCACGGAGAAGAAUUCUCCUCGUCAAGAAGCGAAUGCACCUGUGUUGGAGACUGCCCUGGCACCUCCAGCACCAAGAUCAGGGCAAGGGCGACACUUCUCAGUAAAAGGCAGCUGUUCCAACUUCUUCGAGAUCAUCUGUCUCAAAACGUCGACAAAGAAAGUCGGAAAGAUAAAACAUAGCAGCAGUGGGGAUAAUUUGCAAGACCAAGAUCAGGCACUACAGAUAAAUUCUGUACACGAAAGUGUUCAGGAGCCUUCCAUCAUAGAAACAAAAGUGCCUCAUCUAGACACCACCCUGAUCACAUACUCCCAUUUCACCGUGAAAGCACAAGGGUCAAGGUCAAGGAAGCAUGCGAGGAUCGAAGUGAUGUUGGAAACACAAUGCUCACCGCAGUUAAUAAUGGGAUCCAUGCAAUGGCUAUCUCAAAAGGGAAAAGGUUUGUGUGCAGAAUAUGAUGGCAAGUGUGGCAUCAUCAGUAUAUUCGCAUUGCAAAUUGAUCACAACACGGAUCCAGUUGAUCUAAUAAUAUAUCUGUUUCCCAAGUUCAGAACAAAUGCAGACACCGAUGAAAAACAUGAAAGCCCAGCAAGAUUUGCAGACACGAAGAUGUGUUUCCAUGACGAGAAUUGUUGUGAGGUGACCUUGAAGGAUUCUCAAAAAGAAAAAAAGGUUACCUUCAACGAAACAAGAAAUGAUUGGGACCCUUCAAUCAUGGAAGCAGAAGAUACUCAACUAGAUAACACCCUGAUCACACACUCACAUUUCAUUGUAAAAGCAAAAGGGUCAAGAUCGAUGAAACAUGCAAGAAUAGAUGUGAUGAUGAAAACACAAUGUUCACCACAGUUGAUAAUGGGAGCAAUGGACUGGCUAUCCCAAAAAGCGGAAGGUUUGUGUGCAGAGUAUGAUGGACAGAAAGGUAUCAUUAGUAUCUUCGGAUUGCAAAUUGAUCAAAACACAGAUCCAGUUGAUAUAGUCGCAUGCUUGUUUCCCAAGAUCGGCCCAAAAACUGAACUUGCAGAGACCAACAAAAAACCUGAUAGCCCGGCAAGAUUUGCAGACACGAUGAUGCGUUUCCAUGAUGCAAACUGUUGCAAAGUAACUUUAAAGGAUUCUCAGAAAGUAAAAAAGGUUACCUUCAAGGGAACAUCGAAGGAUGGUGUAUAACUGCACAUAUAAUGCUAGUUAAUUACUGGAAACUAGUCUAUUUAGCAUCGCCAAUGGAGAUAUUAAGAUAUUUUGUUUAAUAGUUGAUUCUUUGAAACAUGUGUACUUAUU